GUUCAGCAAAUCCUCAAUAAAUGCUCCACCGUGACAGAUGCGGUGAGAAUAUACGCUCAGCAUUGAGAAAGAAAUUGGAAUUUCUUGUACAUACUACCUCUUUAUACAAAAAGAAGAGAUAAGAAUGACAUUUUUUGCUGCACCUUUCUCAGGGAUCCAAACUGGUUAGAUAUCUCUCGUUCAGUUCUAAACUGGGAACUCAGGACAUGUCUAAUUAUCCAGAAGGCUCUUAUCCACAAGAAUCAGGACCGUCCUUUUCCAAUCAGAAGAGGAAACAGAAAAAAAAUCCCAGUUUUAUUUUAUUCAGAAAUUCUUUCUAAAAAAUGAAGACUUUGGAUUCAUCUCUGCGGUGGAUGAGCAGUCAUAAUAUAUGAUGGAGUCUAUCCGAGAUCGCUGGGCUCAUCACGGCAUCGAGAUGAGUAAAUCUGAUAAUUAUGACCCUGAACUGGUGAAGCAUGGUGCUUCUGCCAGGCGGAAAAAGGGAAGACACACAAGCAAACAUGGAGAAAACUCAUCUCCAUUUUCCCUUGCCAGAUCCGUUGCUGUAGCCAUGGCGAUCCGUUUCCUUGUAACGGUAAUGCUAGGCAGUGCCAUGAUCAUAAAUUCAUUAUUCAACCAAGGAACUCCGGAUUCUCUGACAGGAAGUUACUGUGGUCCAUGUCCAAAAAACUGGAUAUGUUACAGAAAUAACUGCUACCAAUUUUCUAAUGAGAGCAAAAGCUGGUACCAGAGCCAAGCUUCUUGUAUGAAUCAAAAUUCCAGUCUCUUGAAGAUAUAUAGCAGAGAGGACCAGGACUUCUUUAAAUUGGUGAAGUCGUAUCAUUGGCUGGGACUAGUACAAAUUCCAGCGAAUGGUUCCUGGCAGUGGGAAGAUGGUUCCAUUCUCUCGGCUAAUCAGCUAACAAUGGUUAAAAUGCAGAACGGAACAUGUGCAGUCUAUGGCUCAAAUUUUAAAGCUUAUACAGAAAAUUGCCUAAAUCCAAACACAUACAUCUGCAUGCAGAGGAGUGUAUAAAAGCUUAUAAUUUAUAAAAUAUAAAGAAUCAAAAGAAAUUCUCUGAGUGUUCUCCUCGAAGAAAACUUGGAAGAAAAUGCCUCCAAUAGUUAUGUUAAUUUUCAUAUACAUUUAAUAAAUUAUUGUUGAAUUAAGUUUUAAAUUGUAAUUUUAUUAAAUAUGCACAACUAUUAAACUAACAA